AUGUCUGGAAGUGGAAGUAACAAAAAAUUAAAAAGUUCAGCCGGUUCUUCUACUGCUUUAAACUCUAAUGAUCAUGAGGAAACAGAUUCACCAUUUUCACCACUUUCUAUAGGUAGCCAAAGACGUCAAAGUCAAGCAUCUUUACUAGAAAUGAAUAAGAAAAAAGACAAGGAGUUUGUUGAUAAAAUGCUUGCUAAGUGUUUUGUGGUGAACAAUAUUGCUUUUAAUGUUGUUCAAACUGGUGCUUUUCGAGCAUUUGUUAAGGCAGUGGCUGAAUAUGGUGCAGCAUACAAGCUUCCAUCUUAUUCAAAUCUUCGAACUAAGUUAAUUCCAGAAUCUAGAAAAGGUAUUGAUGAGUAUGUUGCUAUGGUGAAGCAUUCUUGGGAUACAUCUGGAUCUGGUUGUACUAUAAUGUCUGAUAUAUGGACUGAUAUAAGGCACCGAUCUUUCAUUAAUCUUGUGGCAUAUUCACCUGGCGGUGCAGUGUUUAUAAAAUCAUUAGAUAUUUCUCGAGAAAGAAAAACUGGGAUUUAUUUGAAAGAAAUUGUUGUUUCUGUGAUUGAAUCAAUUGGACAAGAACAUGUUGUGCAAUUCAUAACUGAUAAUGGUAGCAAUUUCACAUCUGCUGGUGACAUGCUCAUUGGAUUGUAUCAUCGAAUGUAUAAGACGAGGUGUGCUGCUCAUGGAAUUCAGCUUCUUUUGAAAGACACAUAUGAAGAAGUUAAUUGGGUAAAAGUUGUCACAGAUGAAGCAAGAAUAAUAGUUAUGUUCAUGACACGGUACACAGUUCUUCAUGUAGCAAUGAAAGAGUUCACCAAAGAUAGACAAUUGAGACAACCUUGUGCCACAAGAUUUGCUUCAAAUUUUUUAAUGCUUCAAUCUGUGUUGGAUUUGGAGAAUGAACUUCGACUCUUUGUUGCUUCAUCUGAAUGGAGGGGUUUUGAUUAUUGUAAGACCGAAUCAGGUAAAAGGGUCACUGAAAUUGUUCAGAGUGAUUUUUGGGCUAGAGGAAGGGAGGUUAUAAAAACCAUUGAGCCAUUGGUUCGAGUUCUUCGGUUGAUGGUGAUGGAUCUACUGCUGGUUACUUAUAUGAAGCAAUGA